UGACCUUAGUUUUACCUAUUUUUGCUGUUUUGUCACUUCCGUAAUAUAUAUUAAUUUUUUGGACUCACCAAUAACCCAAUUAUAUAUUUUUUCCGAUCUACCUAUCCAGUUGGGAGACAUUAUGAAUAAUAUUAAUUUGUAUUACUCUUAAAUGUACAACACCAUGAAUACAGUCGUUUCAUCAGGGAAUUCUAAUUCAUAUAAGCAUGACAAAAAAGCAAUAUUUCUUUAUAAACUCAACGAGGAGAGAUGGGCCUACAUCAUGUCCUGCUUGAUCGACAAGGAAGUCGUUGUUAACCUUGAAAAUGGGUCAGAAAUAAAGGGAACAUUUAACUCGUUCGACCCAGGAAGUAGGGGCACGAACAGAGCAGUUGACAUUGCAUUAAACCCAAACCCUGCCUCAGAGGAUGAAAAUCUACGCACUAAGCCAACCAUAGUCUAUGGAAAUGAGUACCAUUUUUUCACCUCCCGCCAAAUUAGCAGAAAUUUGUUCAAGCAAAGGGAACACAGACCCAAUUCCUCAAGAAAGCCAUCUUAUGGAAAGUUUAAGACUGAUUCAGAAAUAUCUUCCACCAAACCCAUUAAAGUUAACUCGGUAUUGACGGAGUGGAGAUCAACAGAAUCCGUCAACGAAUCUCAACUUGUUGAACUCGAAAAAACACAAUCUGAAGAGUGGGACCAAUUUGAGACUAACAACAAGGAGUAUGGAGUUGUAUCAACCUUUGAUGAGAAUCUGUAUACCACAUCCCUUAACCUUAGCGAAAUCCCGGAUAGUGUGAGGGAAAAGGCAGACCAGAUUGCAACUGAAAUUGAGAAUAACCCAGAAACUAAUUUCGCUCAGAUCGAGUCAACUUUAGAAGACGAGGAUGUUGCGAACAUCGAAGUUAAACCCCCUCCAAAGCCUCAAAAGGAAUCCAGGAAAAGAGAUAAAAACACCUCAAGAUCAAGGUCUAAAACCUUAUCACAUGAGCCUCCAACUGAAAAGAUGGCUGAAGUUGUCCACCCUCAAGAAACUGAGAAACCAGAAAUGGAGAGGCAACAAUCAUCAAGAUCCAAACACGACAAGCACUUUUCACACCAAAUCGGAGUUAACGCACUUAACAUCGAGCCUGCCCACCAAAGAAAUGAUGCAUUUGGAUCCUUUACAGACAGAAAGCAAAGGCAUUCAGUAGAAUCUGAAAAACAAAAUAAGAGUUUUGACAAAACUGAACGUCAAGAAAGAUCAGAAAGGGCCGAAAGAUCUGAGAAGUCUGUCGAAAGGGCUGAAAAAAUGGAAAGAGAUAGACCUGAGAGGCUAGAUAAACCCGAACUACCAAGUGAAAAGCCAGAAAGAGUAGUUGAUAGCCUUGAAAGGGUGGAUAAGUUCGAAAGACCAGAUAAACCCAUUGAAAGAGCAGACAAGUAUGAUAGGGCUGAAAAAAUCGACAGAUCUGAUAGAUUAGAGAGGCAUGAAAGGUAUGAUAGACAAGACCGUUUUGAUAGAUAUGAGAGGUUCGAAAGACCAGAAAGAGGAGACAAAUUAGAUAGGAUGGAGAGGGGUGAUAGGUUUGAAAGACAUGAUAGAACGGAUACCCGAGAAAGGAGUGAUUUGUCACCAUCCUUUCAAAGGAAUGAAGAAAGGACUAUUAUGGAUACAGAUUCCAUGAGGUAUACCAAACAACAAGGCCAAUAUCAACCUCCAAAGCCACCCAAGUCGGAUUCAGACCACCAGAAGAAGUCAUUUAAGUUUAAUCCAAACGCAUCGAGCUUUACACCUGGGAUUACUACGGAUAAACCAGCAACUACCCGCGAUCAUGAGUUCCAAACACCAACUGUUACUCCAAAGGUUACUCUGCCGAGAAGAACGGAGUUUAGACCAUUCAAACAAUUGAGUCGAUUCCCAAGACUAGAUUUAAGAGAGUUCAGAGCUUCUAAUAGCUCCAGGUUUACUGACCCAGGAUAUGAAGAAAGAUGGGCAGGAAACGGUAGUGUAAGUUACAGAGAUAUUUUGGGUGAUCUUAACCCACUUCACCUCCAAACUAUGCAAAUGAGACCACCACAUCACGUUAUUACACACCCACAAAUGCCACCUGUCAUAUUCCCAAUGGGCCCUCAACUCGCUUACCCGCCUUACACCAUGGGAUCACUACCUGUUGGAAUGGUGCACUACGGUCCACAGCUGCAUCCGAGAUUGUACAACGGUGUCCAGUACGCACCUGUAAUACCAAACCAUGUCAUGCCUCGGAGAAACCACAUGCCCGCAAACCAACACUAUCCUCCCAUGAACAUGAACAUGAACAUGCUGUACAAACAAUCUCAACCGCAGUCUAUGCCAAAGGACCAGUACCUGAAGUCUCGUAGCAGUGAUGGCUUUGACGAUAAACAGAAAGGUUACGGAAACAACUCUAAGCAGAUCGCAAAAAGAUGAUUUACGAGUCCGCAUUUUAAUGUCUAGUAAUUAUUUUUAAUUUCUGCGCCUUCUA